GGAAGCGGCGGCCGUUAGGAAAAUGGCGCCGUGCGGCCCGGGGCAGACCCCCGUCACUGGUCACCGCCGCCUUCCUGGUGCAGCUGCUGUGUCACGGCCACACCGGCCGGCUGUACAGCAGGCAGGAGCCGGUGACCAUUCUGGAGGCGGAUGGGGUUAAGGGCCUGUUUGGGAACUGGUCGGCCGCCUGGGUGGUGGAGUUCUACUGGUCGUGGGGCGGCCCCUGUGUCAACUAUGGGGCCACCUGGAAGGUACUGGGCCCGGGAGGUGAAAGUGUAUUUGAAGAUAGAAGAUUCAAAAUCGACGCAUGAAGUCCUGAUGCCCAAAACGUUGACUCUCCUGCUCUUCGGAUGCUGCCUGACCUGCGCUUUUCCAGUACCACACAUUUUGACACUGACCCUCCAGCGUCUGCAGUCCUCACUUUGACGUCAAUGUCUGACAGUCACUCAAUCCAGCGGGACCGCAAACAAUUUUUAACCGUGAGUCUGUGAGAAGGUGCAAAGCGUUUUGGUUCCUGGAUGAGAGACCCUACUGAUGCAGCACAUCGAGUGUGGGGCGUGUAGCAGCAGGAAUUGAUGGCCGGGAGGGACUGGAAAGGUAUUCUGUGCAGCUGAAGCUUCGACCAUGGAGAAACCCGAGGAAUCCUGCCCCGUGGAGAAACAGUGGAAGUGCAGUGAUGGCGGGAAUGGCUUCUGUUUCCCGUCUGCCAUGCAGAUUCAUCGGCGCAUCCACACAAGGGAGAGACCAUUCUCCUGCCCAGAGUGCGGGAAGGGCUUUGCCCACACCUCCGCCCUGAUGAGGCACCAGCGGGCUCACACCGGGGAGAGGCCAUUCCCCUGCCCCGAGUGCGAGAAGGCCUUCAGCAAUUGCUCCGACCUACUGACCCACCGGCGGGUCCACACGGGGGAGAGGCCCUUCAGCUGCCCCGAGUGUGGGAAGGCCUUCAACACUUCUUCCAACCUGCUGAGGCACCGGCAGGUCCACACUAGGGAAAGGCCCUUCAGUUGCCCCGACUGUGGGAAGGCCUUCAGCAAUUCCUCCACCCUGCUGAAGCACCGGCGGGUCCACACCAAGGAGAGACCAUUCCCCUGCCCUGAGUGCGGGAAGGCCUUCAGCGAUUCCUACCACCUGCUGAGGCACCAGCAGGUCCACACAGGGGAGAGGCCCUUCAGUUGCCCCGACUGUGGGAAGGCCUUCAGCAAUUCCUCCACCCUGCUGAAGCACCGGCGGGUCCACACCAAGGAGAGACCAUUCCCCUGCCCUGAGUGCGGGAAGGCCUUCAGCGAUUCCUCCCACCUGCUGACCCACCAGCAGAUUCACACGGGGGAGAGGCCGUUCUCCUGCCUCGAGUGUGGGAAGAGAUUUACCCAGGCCUCCAACCUGCUGACCCACCGGCGGGUCCACACGAGGGAGAGGCCGUUCAGCUGCCCCCUGUGCAGAAAGGAUUUCACCCGCUCCUCCCACCUCCGGAGGCACCAGAGAGUUCACAUACCGUCGCAGGGGGAUUGAAGGAGCGACGGCCGAGUGCCAUUAUCGACUGGACCAUCAACCCAGUUCCAGGGACUCCCGGAUUUGAAUCCCACUGCGGCAGAUGGCGCUAUACAGGGUCUGGGUUGAAAUUGCUGAGUGAGGCAAUACUUCCUCCAGGUUAAGGCUGUACCAAGGAUCCAAUUACAAAGGGACAACUCAGUGGUGACCAAUAGUAAAGAAAGUG